CAAAACAAGAGUGGAUUGAAAGAAAAUUUGUUGUCAUAGAGACAACGAAUAACGCCAGAGGUCGUCCUUCGUUGCUGAAAAGGGCGUGUUCUUGAAGAUGAAAGCUAGUGAUGAAGACUCUUCACGUUUUCUGCCUGAAUUUAAUUCAAUUUUUUAAUGAAGCCUUAUUGUAUAAGCUCCAAUUCAAAAGUGACGCAAUUGACAUAACCAAAGGUUUUGUCAAAUAUAUACCAGUAGAAAUAAGUGUAACAUAUAAUGGCAGCGAAAGAAAUAUUCCAGCAACAAAUAGUUAUAUAUUCGCUAAAAGAUUUAAAAAGAAUUCUACGAGUUUUGCAAGAAUGACAAAUUUUAAAUAUAUAAAAGUAUUUGACAAAGACGACGAAUCAUCUUGUUACUCUUUCAGCGCUAAGAUAAAGCUUCAAGCGGGAAUAAAUUAUAUAACGGAAGAUUAUACAUUAUGCUCCCGAAACGAUAGCUGUAUUGAAAUUUUCUCCAACUCUUCCAAACACAUUAUAAACUCUUCAAAUUAUCCGAAAACUCAGAGUUGCCUCUACAUCCUAAAAAAUUUACCACAUUACACACUACAUUUACAGUUUAAAGAUAUUCAACUUCAACUUAAGAAUAAUGACUGUAAAGAUUACAUUAGGCUCUCAAGUUCCGAGUUGUUUCUUAAUGAAUCGUCAAAGCUUUGCGGAAAAUUCCAUGAUAUAUGGCGCUAUUUCAGUUACACUGAAUAUCCUUAUUUACUUAUUGAAUUUUAUAGUGAUAGUAAAAGUAAACAUGUUGGAUUUUUCGCUAAAUUUUGGAGGAUUAAAGAAGAUUUUAAUUGUUCUAGGACUAUUAUACUUAGCAAACGAUCCAUAAACUUAACAAACGAUAUGCCUCCAAGCUUUUCCAAUUCUCAAUGUACAAUAACUCUUAUAUCUCAACCAAGAUUUAAUAUCUUUAUAACUUUGAAAUAUUUGUAUCUGAGAGGGAGUAAUGAUGAAUUAGUUAUUAUUGAUAAAGAAAAUAAUCAACGAAAACUUAAUAACAAAACCAAAACUUUCUCUGCUUUGUCAAACUCUUUUAAAAUUAUCUUCCAAUCUACUACUCUUCAAGAUUCUUUAGAUUUCCACAUUGAAGGUCAUUUAAUACUGGAAUGCUAUGAUACAAUCGCCGGUUAUAGAGGAACAAUCAGCUUCCCCAACUAUCAUCUCGAAAAAUCUCAUCAUAGAGGCUGUUCUUAUAUUAUUAAAUCAAAUAAUUCUAACCAUCGAAUCGAACUUCGAUACUCUAAUCCAAACUUAUCCGAAGAAAAUAGAAUGUAUCUGUUUCUACUUCAAGAAUAUAUAGAAGUGCGAUCAGGAAAAAACCAGGCUUUAAUAUUCUUAACAAAUUCAUCUACGCUUAAAUUUUUAUACUUUAAAAAUGAAACGAAUAUUGAGGAGCAAGAGAGUAUUAUUGCCUAUUGGAAAUUUACUAAACUGGGAUGCCCUCGAGAUUGGGAGGAGUUCGAUGACAGUUGCUGGAAAGUAUUUACAGAGAAGCUCAAUUGGUUUCAAGCGAAAUCGAAAUGCGAAAGAAACGGUGGAUUUUUAUCUGAACUCACUAAUUCCCAAAAAAAUAGCAUCGUCAUUAAUUAUCUCUCCAACGAUAUCAUUUUUCGUCAUAAUCAUAGAGAAGCAUUCUGGCUUGGGAUGAAAAAUAAAAAAUGGUUAAGAUGCCAGUCAUCUAUCUUUCAGGACUGGUUUCCUGGAAUAUUAAAUUCUGGAUUCUCUAAAGAACCAAGCGAUGAUGGAUUAAGCGGAGAUCACUGCUUAGAACUAAGGAAAGAGUUUCCGUCAAGAAAUCAAUCUCUCAUAAUGAAUAGGUAUUACUGGGCCGAUAGAAAUUGCCAAAAUACUAAAAAUUUCUUUAUUUGCGAAACGAUUGUUAAAUUUGAGGAUGUUGAUAAUAUGAUUUGCUAUUUGAAUAUUCUUAUUGGAAAGAACCAAUCAUGUAUAUUUACCAUUCCAAACUCUCAAGAAUAUGAUGCUUGUAAAUACGCUGCAGACGAUCAAGAGGGAUUACAGCUGCAAUUUAAAGUCCAUAGCUCCCUAAUAAAGAAAAAAUGCGAAGUGUACAUUAAACCUAGAGAUAACCUUAGACAAUCUGCUUCUGUCAAUAGUACUUCUAACAGCAAAAGAGUUCCUCGUUUGUUUUCUGUUAAAAACAUCACGAACGCCCUAUAUCUUUCUAGUUAUUCUGGGGAGAAUGAUGGCUUCCGUGCAUUAACCUUUUUAAAAAAUGAUACAGAAAUUCUCGAUCUUUCAACUUCUUUCGUCUUUGUUACCUUCUACUCGAUAAACUUGAAUAAUAACUCCUGCGAUUUUCUGGAUAGCCAACUUACGAGACUGAAUGAUAAGCAGAGAUAUACAAUUGAAGUAGAAGAAUUGUCAACUGUUCAUUUAAAAUUUGAUAUUCCGAGUGCGGACUCUAAGAAAUAUUGUUAUUUUUGUAAAUUAACGAUAUUCGCACAAAAUGAAGACCGUUCAAUAGUAGCUGGAAAAUUUGUUCAGGACUUGUAUAUCACAAAUAUGAUUGGAACGAUUAUUGUUGAAAUUUUAACUGAUUACAAUGAAGACUUUAAGUUUUUAUCUUGGGAACAGUACAGAUAUUCAUCAAUUUGUAGAGAUUUAGUGGUCUCUGACAGGAUUGUAAAUAUAAAUAGAGGAUUAUAUGUUCCGCAUUCUUUAUGUUGUUUCAAUUUGAAAAUUAACAGCCGAGAAGAUUAUCAAUUGACGUUUACACAGAUUUAUUUGUUUCCUAAAGAUUCAUUGGAUAGUUUCGUUCAAGUUAAUAAUAAGCGUAUUUAUCCUCCUCCUAAAAUUGUUGUUGUUAACGAUCAUGUUCGAAUAUGUACCCAGUCUGCGGCAUUUGAAAUGACUGUAGCAAAAAUUAAUAACUCCAUUCAGGAGGACAUGUUUGUAGACUCUAACGAAGAGAAGUAUAUCCAUGGGAUUGUCAGCAUGAAUGUUAAAAGAAAAAUUCAGAGACGUAUUGUUAUCAGAACAAGACUUAAGCAUAGAUUAGUUUUAACAAAGAUGAAAUCUAUUAAGGACAACUUGUUUUUUAUCGAUCAAUUUACUCCAGACGAUGAACAUUCUACCCCUCUGACUAAUAAUACAUCUUAUUUGCAUGAAGUGGAACUCAAGUUUGUUGAAGAAAUUGGUAACAGUUUAGAUAAUUUUACUGUAAGAGUGGAAUCAAUGACUGAUAACGAAUUUGAAAAGAAAUCUAUGCGUCAUUUUAAUAUAAGUGUUGGAAAUUGCAAUGAAAAUCCAUGCAAAGAACCAGCUACGUGUCAGAAUUAUUCGACAUAUUCAACUUGUAAAUGUUCUGCGGGCUAUUUUGGUCUACUAUGCUCUUGGUCGCAUUGUUCCAAUAGCCCAUGUAAUAAUAGUGGUAAUUGUACAGCAACAAGUGACAACGAUUUGGGAUUCUUCUGUAACUGUCCUAAAGAAUAUUUUGGAAGAUACUGCGAGCAGACUUCGAAUAUGUGUAGAAAAAAACGUUGUUCAAACGCUGGUGAAUGCAAAGGAAGAAAUGAAUGUAUUUGCGAUAACAGACGAAUAGGGACAUCUUGCGACCAAUUGAAGGAUAUUAGAAAUUCUGGAAAAGAUCCCUUUGUAAAAUUAUUACAAGAACCAUUUUGGUUUGGUAUAGUUGUAGUUCUUGUUCUAUCACUUGCUGCCGCCUCUAGCUUUGCCCUACGUAGAAAAUGUAGUAAACAAGCCGAUAAAUUACGAAAGAAAAUCAUACUUUAUUGGAGAUCAAGACACUCUAAGAAUUUUGAAGUUGAAUCCAAUCCCGAACAGACAGCUUCAAAAAGACCGUCUUUUGAAUAUUGGGAUAGAUGUUCUGUUGUGUCUCAAGAAGAAAGAACGUCUGCUUUUCCAAAUGUUUUCAAUUUACUACAAUCGUGGCAAGACAGUAUUGUAGUAGAAGAAGUACCUCAACCAACGGCUGAACAACGUCGAAUUGAAUUUGUUGAUGCUGUUAGACGGUCCAGAAUAUCUAGUGUUUCUACAAUUGAUAGCUGUGACUCCUCCAGCAUUGAUAGUAGACGGAGAAAGCGAAAAAGAUCUAAUCGAAAAUCUAAAACGGAUUGCAGUAGUACCGAUACCGUAGAUAGCAGAAAGUUGAGAAGACGAAAAAAACAACCAGCUAAUCGGAAGUUGGUCCGAAAAACAAAAAGUUUAGAUUCAAACAACGAAAGUACAACAAGUGGCUUUGGCUCCGAUCGCUUGGCAGAAGUUGAUAACAAACAACCUUUAGUGAGAAUGUUAAGCAUGAUAGCAGACGAAGAAGAGCAGCAGAAUAAAAGCAUCUUUUUCUUACAGGACCGUCCACCAAUUGCACUUUAUGGUGAAAGAGUGACAGAACUUUAAUGUUAAAAAUAAAAGCACAAACUUCUUCUUCUACAACUAAAGUUACUAAAUGUUUAUGCCACAGUGCGGCUCUAUAUGUUGAAUUUUAUUAUUGUCGGCAAAAUUUAUUAGUUAUUGCGUAAGAAAAAAAUACUGCAAUACAAUUGUCACCUUUAAGAAUCUUUUCUCU